AUGGCGGACAGCGGCUCAGGCAAACCAAAUCUGUUGACAUCGCUCCCAGAGGACGCUCUGCGCCACAUCGUGUCGCUAGCUCUGCAGCUAGAGCGGCAGGAGACAGGGGAGACGCGGUCGGAGCUGGGCCUUGCCUGCAAGCGGCUGUGGAAGCUGUACAGCGAGAGUCGGUUUGCCGGCGGCCACAAGAUGGUGACGCAUCCGCCUGACUGCCAGGCUGCCUUGCAUGGCGCCGUGGCGACAUUUGCCCCGGGUGUCACCGUCCUGCACAUCAUUGGACCUGGCGAUUUCUUUUGCUCCACGCUGCUGGCCCCGCUGGGGCCGUAUGUGCAGCAGGUGGCACUGGAAGGGUCGCUGGCCAACCCUGGCCUCCUGCAGCUGCUGAGCGCCUGGCCGGCGCUGCGGCAGCUAAGGAUCGAAGAGCACGCGCCGCCAGGCGGAUGGCUGCAGUUUGCCAGCUCUGGCGGUCUCCCAGAGCCGCUGCGAGGCAAGGUUGUGGAGCUGAAGACGACAGCGCAGGGGGUCGCGGCGGUGCUGCCGCAGCUGCCACGCCUCAAAUCGCUGCACGCUCUCCAGGAAGAAAGCUUGUGGUCAUGGCCUCCUGUGCUGCCGCUGCCAGACGCUUGCCAGGUGCUGCCGCUGCUGAGCGCGCUGGAAGAAUUAGAGCUUGUUGAUUUCCCGGCGAUACUGCGGGACAGUGCAGCGCUGGACAGCCUUGUGGCAGUGCUCGCCUCCCUGCCGAGCCUGCAGCGGUGCAGCUUCAGGACGGUGGCGCUGCAGGCCAUCACACCCUCCCUGGCCCAGCUGUCCGGGCAGCUGACCAGCCUGGAGAUAGAAUGCGGGCGGCACUUGGACGAUGAAGAAGUUGAGGUGGCAAAUGCGGCGUUUGCGACCGUGUGGCGGCUGCACGCCCUGGAGCGCCUCCGCGUCUCCCUUGCCUGCGAGCGAACCUGGCCCAUCUCCUUCCCCGCCCAGCCCUGCAUGCGGGCGCUGCGCAUGCUGCGCCUCCAUGACUGCGACUUCCCACGUGACACCCUGCCGCCGCACCUGUUCAACGGCGACGUGAUGCCUGCUCUAAUAGAACUGGACAUCGACUGCGGCAUCGACCUGGAGUAUGUGCUGGAUGAGGAGGGAGGGGCGGUGGUCAACCUGCCGCCCCGCUUCACCAGCCUCACCGCACUCGCCAUGCUGACGCUGGAGCGGUGCGCGCUCCGCGAGCUGCCGCCCCUGCUGCAGCACAUGCAGCUGCGGCAGCUGUCGCUGGUGGGCAACCCAAUUGAGUCGCUGCCAGAGGGGCCGUGGCUGCAGCGCCUGGAGGUCCUGGACUUGAGGCAGACGCUGGUGCGCAGCCGGCCGCCGCAGCUGAGCGAGGCCUGCAAGGUGAACAUGCCCGAAGAUUGCGAUCCUUAA